GGAUUUACGCUUUCCUACCGUGUUACUCUGAGCGAACCGGCUAAAUGACGACAAGGCCAGUGGUUUGUGUGACUAGUAUUGUUCCCGGACUCUCUGUCGUAGUUCGUCAGUUGCUUCCGGCGGUAGAGGUCCUAGACGCAGCUCCCGACAGAGAUGGUAAAGCUCAAAUACCUGUCAACACGGAGGUGCUAUUUGGUGACACCCCAAGCAUAAUUUCCUUCAUUAAUGAGGGACAGGGAAGCCUUAAAUGGGCCCAAAGCACAUGGGCAGGGGUUGAAAGCCUUUUUGAAGCAUUCCCAAAGCAACCGGAAGGGAUAACGAUCACGCGAAUGGGGGACGGAUUCGGCCGACUGAUGGCAGAAUAUGUAGUGGGGCAUGUUUUGGCGAGGGAACUAUCGAUCUUAAAUUUACACCAACAACAGCAACAGAAACUGUGGGAAAAAAGCUCUGUGAAAGACAGGCGCAUGCUCACGUCCCUCACUAUUGGUGUUCUGGGAGCUGGCUCAAUAAGCACGGAAAUUGCACAGUUAUGUAAAGCAGUUGGAAUGACAGUCUGGGGACUAAGUCGAUCUAAGAAGGAGAAUUCUACAUUUGAUUGCCUUGUAACACUGCCUGACCUGACGAGUUUUUUGGAAGGUUGUGAUUACAUUUGUAAUGUUCUUCCCAGUACAUCAGAAACCAAGGAUAUGUUUUCCGGAGAUGUGCUGAAAUGCUGCAAAUCCAAGAGUCCUGUUUUCAUUAACGUGGGACGAGGAAGCAUCAUCAAUGAAGAUUCACUCUUUUGUGCUCUAGAAAAUGGAUGGUUGCGUGGUGCUGUAUUAGAUGUGUUCAAUGCGGAGCCACUUCCACCGGAAAGCCGUCUCUGGUCCCAUCCAGCCGUCACAGUAACGCCCCAUGUGUCUGGUCCCAGUUUAGCUGAAAAUAUAGCCAAGGUGUUUGUUUCUAACUACGAGAAAUACACCCAAAGAAAGACGCUAGAUUAUGUUGUGGACUGGGGAAAAGGCUAUUGAUCUUAACAUAGAAAUGUCUGAACACUUAACAAUGCUUAUACAAAUAGUAAAUCAUACAAUCACUUAAA